CACGAAAAGUCCCGUAAAGUGAUAGAGAAUACGGGUAAAUAUUAUGGAACGUUAAUGGUAACGAGUCCUGUUAUGCGGCUUAUAAUUUUUCCUUGUUUUGUUUCCUUGUUUUUCGUUUUUAUAAAUUUUUCAUGGCAGAAGAGGGACAUGCAUCACCGGAGUUUAUCAUUCCCGGCGAUGAUGAAUAUGAUGAUUUCCCUGAAAGACCGAUGGACAGCUGGUUAAAUGAUGAAGCAUGUCUUCCAGUGACAUUUUAUCAGUUCGAUUCUACGGAGAUUCGAUGUACGACUCCGAAGAAAAAGGCGAAGAUGAUUGGAAAAUAUAUUAUGGGAGAUUUAUUGGGAGAAGGAUCCUAUGGUAAAGUUAAAGAGCUUCUUGAUUCGGUGUCACUCUGUCGCAGAGCUGUCAAAAUUCUGAAGAAGAAAAAACUCCGAAAAAUUCCUAAUGGAGAAAGAAAUGUGCAAAGAGAAAUUCGUCUGCUCAGAAAACUUGAUCACAAAAAUGUUAUUAAGUUAAUUGAAGUUAUGUAUAGUGAAGAAAAGCAAAAAUUAUAUCUGGUAUUUGAAUAUUGUGUUUCUGUUCUACAAGAGCUUUUAGAUUCAGUUCCUCAAAAGAAGUUUCCUAUUUGGCAAGCUCAUGGGUAUUUUUGUCAGUUGCUAGAUGGCUUAGAAUAUUUGCAUAGUAAAGGGAUUGUUCAUAAAGACAUAAAACCAGGUAACCUGCUACUUGCAAACUGUGGAACUUUAAAAAUAUCCGAUUUGGGUGUUGCUGAGGCGUUAGAUAAUUUUGCCAUAGAUGAUACAUGUCAUACAAGCCAAGGAUCUCCUGCAUUUCAACCUCCGGAAAUAGCGAAUGGUGAUGAAGAAUUUUCAGGAUUCAAAGUAGAUGUGUGGUCUUCAGGUGUAACUUUGUUUAAUAUCACUACUGGAAAAUAUCCUUUUGAAGGAGACAGCAUUUAUAAAUUGUAUGAAAAUAUUGGAAAAGGUGAAGUGACAAUUCCUGAAGAUUUGGACAAGUCUUUGCAAGAAUUACUUUCAGGCAUGCUACAAAAAGACCCUAAUUCAAGAAUGACUCUCAAUGAAGCGAUGGACCAUUGUUGGGUGAGAAGACGUCCUCCUGUUCUUGCAGAAUGUGUAUCAAUUCCUAAGAGAUCUGAAAAAGAUGUAUACCGAAAUAUGACUGUGAUACCAUAUUUAAAAGCACUUCAUGGUGGUGAAGAAGAAAUAGAAAGUGAAGAUGAUGAGGAUAUCUUUUACAGAGUAAUUCCAAGUACAAAUUAUGAACCAGCUGCUCAAGCUAUUGAAAGUGAGCCUUCUGCUAGUUCAAAGAAGUGUUCAAGGAAGAAAAAGCGUAAAGCAAUAAAUUGUAUUAAUGUUAGAACUGAUUUCUGCAAACAAUCAUAA